GAGCACCGCGCCAGCGGCCGCUGGGCGGACCGCCGUCGCCGCCGCUGCCGGGCCCACGGAGGGCCUCGCCGCCGGGCAGAACCGCUGCGCCGCGCCGCCCCUCAGCGCCGCGGGCGCUGCGCGGCCCGACGCGAGGCCCGGCCAGAUCCUGCCGGAGAGCUCGCUCGCGGCGACGCCAGCCCAUCUCGACGUGACGCUCGGCAGGGGCCAGCUGCGAGGACUCCUCGACGCAUCCCUCCACAGCAUGCCGCGGGUCGAGAGCACCCCCAGGCGCCACGCAGACCGUGAGCCAGACAGCGCGGCCAGGCACGCAGCCCAGCGGAUCGCGGCGAACCCGAUGGUCAACAUCGGCAGGGGCAUCGGCCCAAGGUCGGUCGAGCCGGAGCACUCUGGGCAGCUGCGGCCGGUGGUGCUGUCGGUGCAGGCUCCCGUUUGGGGGGAUGUGACCUGAGGGUCGGCGCCGAUCACCCCGGCCAUCCAGGAUGAGCGUUCGAGUGUUGGCGUUGACCUGCCGUCGUGCUUCUACAGCUGCACCGAGCACUUCCAGAAUACUUGAGCGAGUCGUGUCCUAAUCAUCGCCGUCGAUGCAUGUCUGACGCAUGUUGGGGAGUCACUCUUACCGCGUG